CUGGGAGAAGACGCCAUGAGCCCCACCCUCAAGGCCCUGGACUGUCUUCCAGUGCUGAGUGUGGGCCUCAGGACCCCAGUGCAGACAGAGACCCUCCCCAAACCCACCCUCUGGGCUGAGCCAGGCCCUGUGAUCCCCAGCGGGAGCCCCAUGACCAUCUGCUGUCAGGGAACACGAAAGGCUAAGGAGUACCUACUUUAUAAAGAGGGAAGCCGAGCACCAUGGAAAGAACAGAAGCCACUGGAGCCUGGGGACAAGGCCAAGUUCUUCAUCACAAGCAUGACAGAGCAUGAUGCAGGGAUAUAUCACUGUUACUACCUCAGCCCCACUGGCUGGUCAGGGCACAGUGACUUCCUGGAGCUGGUGGUGACAGGAUCCUACAGCAAACCCAGCCUCUCAGCCCUGCCCAGCCCUGUCGUGCCCUCAGGAGGGAACGUGAACCUCCAGUGUGGCUCAGGGCAGGGAUUUGACACAUUCAUUCUGACUAAGGAAGGAGAUCACAGGCUCUCCUGGACCCAGGACUCAGAGCCACAGCCCAGUGGGCAGUCCCAGGCCCUGUUCUCUGUGGGCCCCAUGACCCCCAGCGACAGGUGGACGUUCAGAUGCUAUGGCUAUUACAGGAACAGCCCCCAGGUGUGGUCAAACCCCAGCGAUGCCCUGGACCUCCUGGUCUCAGAAGGUGUCUCAGGUGGACAGUGA